ACCCUCCUCUCCCUUCCCAUUUAACACACUUGUGUUCAUCAUCAUCAUCAUCUCCUCUCUCUCUCUGUCUCUCCCUCUCUCUCUCUAAAAUGCCUACAAAGUUGCAGGAAUACUCCAACUCCAAGUUCAAGUAUGUAAAACUGGGUUACCAAUACCUAGUAAACCACAUUCUCGCCUUUUUGCUCAUACCCACCAUGGCCACUGUCCUCAUUCAAGUUCUCCAAUUAAGCCCAGCAGAGGUCUUCAAUCUUUGGAGCUCUCUCCACUUUGAUUUCAUCCACAUUAUCUGCUCCUUCUUGCUCAUCAUCUCCAUCGCCACCUUCUGCUUCAUGUCAAGGCCUAGCCCCGUUUACCUCGUCGACUAUGCUUGCUUCAAGCCCCCCUGCCAUUUACGAGUCCCCUUUGCCGCCUUCAUGGAACAUGCAAGAUUGGUCCUCAAUUCCCAGCCCAAAACCGUCCUGUUCCAGAUGAAAAUCCUCGAGCGCGGCGGCCUCGGUGAAGAGACCUGUCUGCCGCCAGCCAUCCAUUACAUUCCGCCGGAGCCUAACAUGGAAGCUGCGAGAGACGAGGCGGAGAUGAUCAUUUUCUCCGCCAUGGACUCUCUCCUCAACAAAACUGGAUUGAGGCCAAGAGAUAUCGAUAUACUGAUCGUGAAUUGCAGCCUCUUCUCCCCAAUUCCCUCCUUGUCAGCUAUGGUGGUGAAUAAGUAUAAUCUGAGAAGCAAUGUAAAGAGCUUCAACCUCUCCGGAAUGGGCUGCAGCGCCGGGUUGAUAUCCAUUAAUCUAGCUCGAGAAUUGCUUCAGGUUAAUCCAAACUCGAACGCCGUGGUGGUGAGCACCGAGAUCAUCACGCCCAACUGUUAUUUAGGAAACCAAAGAUCAAUGGUUCUUCCCAACUGCUUGUUCCGAAUGGGCGGCGCCGCCCUUCUCUUAUCCAACCGUAGAACAGAUCGGAAGCGAGCCAAGUACAGUCUGGUUCAUAUAGUUCGGACCCACAAAGGAGCCGAAGACAAAGCCUAUCGCUGCGUCCAAGAAGAAGAAGACCCGGAAGGCCACGUCGGAAUAUCGCUGUCGAUCGAUCUCAUGGCCAUCGCCGGCGAGGCCUUGAAGUCGAACAUCACCACCGUCGGCCCUCUGGUCCUUCCCACAUUGGAGCAGCUACUGUUUCUCGCUACGCUCAUCGCUCGGAAAAUCUUCAAGAAAAAAAUAAAGCCUUAUAUUCCAGACUUCAAGCAGGCGUUCGAGCACUUCUGCAUCCAUGCCGGCGGGCGGGCUGUGAUCGACGAGCUGCAGAAGAACCUGCAGCUGUCGGCGGAGCACGUGGAAGCUUCCAGAAUGACGCUGCACCGGUUUGGAAACACGUCUUCGUCGUCGUUGUGGUAUGAAAUGAGCUAUAUUGAGGCCAAGGGAAGGAUGAAGAGAGGUGACAGGAUAUGGCAGAUAGCUUUUGGAAGUGGAUUUAAAUGUAACAGUGCGGUGUGGAAAUGCAACAAAACCAUUGAGGCAGCGACUGACGGGCCAUGGUUUGACUCCAUUGACAGGUACCCAGUUCAUAUUCCUCAUGUGGUCAAGUGCUAAGGGAAAAUUGGCGUUUCUGUUUUCCGGCAAAAUUUGAUCUUUUAGUUUCAGGUGUGUUGAUGUUGUGUCUUGUCUCUUUUAAGUCUUAACAACGCCCCCCCCCCCAAAAAAAAAAGAAAAAGAAAAGAUUUGUGCUUAUUUUCGUUACUGUUUAUUAUGUAUUGUGUGGCAACGUACCUGCGGUAUCCGGAGUAAGUUCUCCAAGACUGCAGCUGUAUAAGAUUUCCAUUAGAUGU